AUGCCUAAAGCAAUCAUAGGAAGCUGCGUUCUGGUUCUCCUCCUGCUAACUAGUAAUGUCGCGAACUUAUUCCAUUAUGCGGAUUGCAGAUGUUUUGAUGAUGCCCACGUUAAUACCGCUAGUCUUAGGACGGAGGCAAAGUCACACGGAAGGACAAAACUAAAGCCCCAAUAUUACAACUGCACUUUUAAUAACGUCCCCAAAAAGAGAAGAAGCGCGCUCUAUGGGACAGGCCACGAGUGGAACAAAAACAAAGUAAAAAGAAAACAUUACGCCAUCCAUUUCGACAGCAGUUUUGCGAGACGAACUAAACUUGGUUCUUCCUAUGACACAGCUGAAGGUGGUCAAAAUGGAGCGAAUGUCACUCGCAUACGAAAUGUACAGAACAAGCGAAACACGAAAAAUGGAACACACGAGGGGGGCUAUAAAAACACAGAGGUGUCCAAAUUGAGAAGGAGGCUUACGAAAAGCACAGGAACCCCCAUCCUGCAAUUCUCCAAACCCCUUUUUAUUAACCUAUCUACCCCAAAAGAGGAAACAAACAAACGUAGGCACUUCAAAAGGCGCCUACGAAAGUAUGAAGAAUUGUAUGAAAAAUUUACCCCCGAAAUGGAAAAAGAAGAAGAGGACGAGGGAGAAAUUACAGAAAACUGCGAAAGAACUGUCUCAAAUAUCACCAUGAACGAUUGGUACCUAGGGAACGAUGAGAAAAAAUACAACAAGACUUUAAUGUAUGAUUAUUUGUCCAACAUGCACAACACGGAAUAUCAAGACAUAGGAAGUGUAAACAAUUUUAUUAAAAACAAUGAACUAAUCGAAAUGGAGGAAUGCGAAAAAAAAAAAAAACCCUACUUAACAUACAUGUAUAAUUUUAUGUACACACACCCAGUUGAUUUAAAAAGGGACUUCUAUACAUAUAAAUAUUAUAUCCCCAAAUUAGUAACCUACGAAGAAGACAUUUCAACCGAAUCGAAAUUUGUGCCGUCCAAUUUUAACUCCCCAAAGUGUUACAAUAAUUCUCCUAUUAACGCGUUAACCACUAGUGGGUUCAGUGCCCGAAAUAUCGACACAUUCGGAAAAGAAAGAAACAAAAUAUAUUCGUUCAACACACCGACCGAUGUUAAAAGAAAUAUAUUUUUUAACGAUUUAAUGCUGAUAUCUUCCUCCUAUAAUCAACAUUUUUUUCCCAAUUUGAACUUUCUCCUAAAUUUACACACACUGCAAAUACUGAUACGGGAUAAAACUGCCAUAGAAACGGAUUAUCUAAUUAACAAAUUUGACCAGCUAAAAGAGAAGCUAAGACAAAGGAAUGAAAAGAAUUCAAAUAAGGCGGGAAGUUACCCAAAAAGGAAUAACUCUCCCCCCCUUUAUUAUGAAAAAGCGGCUACUCACCACAUUUCUGUGCCCAUCCCCGAAUCUGAAUUAGAAGUGAAACCAAGUAACAGCGCUCAAAAUGGUGCCCCCAGUUUGCUAGAGCCCCGGAAAGAUACCUCUAAUCAAUUGAUGGAAAACCAUGAAGACCCAAUAGACGAGGAAAUUUCGCGGAGUCUAACUCACAAGAAGAACCUAUUUGAUGACCAAAUUCAAAUCUUCAAAGAAAAAUAUAACCAAAACAUUUUAGAAGACACAGAUUUUAUCAAUUUGUGGAAGUAUGACGAGAAAGGGGAAAUAAUAGAAAAUUCGAACAGCAUCCCCAUCCCGAAAAUUUACCUAAAUAUUGAUGAUCCGAAAUAUUGUAUGUGGAAAAUUUUACAAAAUUCGGGAAAAAGUGCUUUCGGUGAAAUUCCAACUCCCAACCGAAAAUUGGAAGCCUGGAGGCAACAAGUAAACCUAAAAAAGUUCUAUAAACAGAAUUUUGAUAACAGCACAAGUUUGAGGAAAAUCUCGAAAGAAGAACUAAAAAAUUUUAAGAUGAAAAUCGAUGAGCUAGCGUUCCACAGUGGGAAAACUGCUCCCCAAGAUGAUUCCUAUACGAAUAAAGCAGAUGUGGAUGACCUCGAACAGACAGAAUUUCCUCCCGAUGGAAAACAUUUUGCAAAUCCGAAUGAACAAAUUUGCAUCGAAGCAGACGCGAGUGACCAAAACAGUGCUGAGUUAAGUGACUCCACCGGUGAUGAUAAGAAGCCAGGAGACAACCCCCCCAGGGGGGUGAACGAGCACAAAAGGACUUCGCCGAAAAAAUUAAAGGAGGACAUCAAUUAUGUCAAUUCUGUUAAAUGCAAAAACGCUUUCUACACUUUAGUCGUUCGGGACGGAAUAGUGGAUGAACACCUCUCUGAUGAUAUAGCCAUCUUGAAAAACUUAGACCGUGAAUUGAAGCAGUCAGAUGCAAAGAAUGUAGAAGGUGAAAAGAACCCACUGGAACCUUCCAGCAGUAUCAACCAGGGAGAACAGACAAAAAAAAGCAAAAUAUUUGUGGGUAGCUUCUUUAACAUCAAAGAUGCAGAAAUGGAAUAUUUAAUUAACAAAGAGUUGUAUUACAUUCCUGAACAUUCCAAUUGGUACAAAAAAAAUACGCAACCUUUUGUGAGGGGUCAAAUCGGAAAGCAGUCUAGAAAAUUCGACAACGAUUAUCCCAUUUAUGAUUACAGGAAGAGCGACUUUGGCAUGGCCAAAUUCUCCGCCCUAAAUUUAGCCUCAAUAAAAGAUUGCGCUGUGAUUUACCUAGAUAAGGACAUCGACUUAAGCGACAAGUUUAUUCACGUCAUAUUCAUCGCGACGUCGAAGAAUGAGGACGAUCAGGCGAGUACCAAAGAGGCAGACUACACAGUGUGUGAAAGUUCGCCAGGCAUCGAAUCGGUCCAACCAACGAAUGAAUCUACCUCAAUAGAACAACAUGAAAACUACGUCAACGCUGGGGAAGAUGGCCACCACGAAUCACCCAAAGAAGAAGAAAAAACACAGCAAAUUCUAGAAAGAGAAAAAAAAUACACACAAAAGGAACUAACCAAUUAUAUGCACAACCCAGUGACAACCCCAAGACUCGUCGUUUACGUCAAAGGUAAUAGCAAAAUAAACAUCCACGAAUCGCACAUAUCGUUAAAUCAGAAUAACGGAGGCCUCGUAAACGCAUUCUCUAGAAUCGCCAUGGAAGAAAAAUCAAAUGUCAAGCACACCUUAUCUCAAGAAUUAGGUAAAAAUGUGUGGUACUUUCACAACGUUUCAGUAAAAAAUGGAUUCGAGGCAAAUUAUAAAUUCGCAGAUGUACUCCUGGGUAGCCUCUCAUCAAGAGUCAAUUUACAAAUUGAAGGUGAAAAAGGAUGUAAACAAGAAAGUUACGGAUUAUCUUUGCUAGAGGACAAACAAAAUAUUAGUCAGUAUGAAAUGUUUCAUCAUGAACACCCUAAUAUGGAAACAAACCAAUUGUUCAAAUUUCUAGUAUCUGAUAAAGGCCAUGCCGUUUGGAGAAGCAGAGGUCGAAUUGAACGAGAUGCAAUAAAGGCCAAGUUAAACACCCUCUGCAGAUCCGUACUACUAAAUUUAGGAGCCAGUGCCGUUGCCAUACCAACUCUGGAAAUUAUUCCAAGUGAUAUUGAAUGUGCAAAUCAUGGAGCAACUAUUAGCGAUUUAGAGGAAGAACCCAUUUUCUCUUUAAUGACAAGAGGAAUAACUGAAAAAAUUGCCAGACAAAUGAUGAUGAAAGCCUUUGUUAAUGAAAUUCUUGAGCACAUACCGGAUGAAAAUCUCAGAGAAAGGGUUCACAAAAAGGUCUUGGAGUUAUCCCUGAAGUAUAGGAAAACGAUUCUCCCAAAUUUGGAGCGAGCGAAAAAGUGA